AAAAUAACGAGUGGCAACCCUGACAUGUGAAUGUCAAUUUAUCAUAUGAUUUUUAAGGUGUUUUCUACACUCAUAAUUUCAACUUAAUCUUGCUAAUAUCCGCAGAAUAUGAUUUUGAUAUUAUAUAGUGUGUUUUUAAUAUCUUCAGCCCAUGCUGCUGGUGAACUAUCGGUCCGUCAUCAUCCCUCCAGCUUAGUCUUCCAAGGCCAUGACACCUUGAGAGAAAGCACAUUGAAGGAAGUAUACGCUGCCUCGCUCGGUUUUACUACAGAACGAUUUUCAAACUGGAGAGGAUUUUAUAUGGCUGAUCCUUUUGGUGUUGCUCAGGCUAUAAUAACUGUAUACAUUGAUGGUGUCUCAGGUAUUGGACAUCAAAAAGGGCACAAUUUUCCUCUUCAAACAGACAUUGGUGAAUCACAAAUAUACCUCUCCUUAGCUAGGCAAAUCAAAGAACAUUAUCCUGAGGAAGAAACCACCUUGGUAAAAGUCGAUUUGUCAAAUGGUGUAGAAGAUGUUCAGAAGUAUGGUGUAUUCUAUGGCAUUGAGAGUGUUUCUCCGAAACAAGAAAAAUCUAAAUAUUUGAGUAUACAAAUUGAAGAGGAUCGUGAAAUCUUGAAAGAAAUUAUACUACUGAAUGAGAUUGCUGGAAAAAUUGAGAAAGGGGUACAACGGGAUAACGUUCCUGAUGUUUACUGGUUUAAAGUAUCUGCUCUUCAUGCUGUCACGGACCUAUAUGGAGAAAAUUCAACACAAGUCCAAGAAGCACACCAACUGUUAAAUACAGUAAUAUUGAAAUUAAAUUCAGCAUUUAACAAAGCCUAUGAUGGCUUUGCUCUCAUCACUGUUGUAACUAGUGAUGCUAGCCAUACUAGGCGUAGUAGAAGUAUUUUGGAAACCACUGAAACCAAAUCUGAUAAGGAGGAAUACAACUUAGCGAGCUACUAUAAUAAAGAUUAUCCUGUGAUUUUCAAUAUUAUUCUUUGGUUUGGGAUAAUCAUGUUGUUUUCUCUGAUUGCCAUCUGCUUAUUUAUCAGCAACAUGGAUCCUGGUCGUGAUUCUAUCAUUUACCGUAUGACAAGUACAAGGAUGAAGAAAGAAAAUUAGAUAUUGUCCAUUCCAAACUUUAUUGAAGUAUUACAUUGUUAUAACUUUUUAAAUUUUCCUACUGAAAUUUUUUCCGAAAAAAUCCAAGGUAAACGCUCACCCGCUCAUCUUUAAAAAGUUCAAUGGUCUACUAAUACAAUUUCAUUUUUGAAAAACAAUGUGGAAUUUGUAGUUUAGGUAUGUAUAUAUGUAGUUAGUUUUUCUGAGUAAUUUGUUUUGAAUUGUAAAACAAUUUUAAAAACUGUUGAUGUGUACAAUCGCUACAAAAUUAAUUUAUAAAUGUAUUAAAGGGG